ACGAUGGCUGACUGGGACUACGACUAUCUGAUCAAGCUGCUGGCGCUCGGCGACUCCGGGGUGGGGAAGACCACCUUCCUCUACCGGUACACCGACGACAAGUUCAACCGCAAGUUCACAACCACGGUGGGCAUCGACUUCAAGGAAAAGAGAGUGAUAUACACAGGGACGGGUGCUGAUGGGACGACUGAGAAGAACUUCAAAGUCCACCUUCAGCUCUGGGACACAGCAGGACAAGAAAGAUUCCGCAGCCUCACAACAGCUUUCUUCCGAGACGCCAUGGGCUUCCUGCUGAUGUUUGACUUGACCGAUCAGCAAAGUUUCCUCAACGUCAGGAACUGGAUGAGUCAGCUACAGGCCAACGCGUACUGUGACAGUCCAGACAUCGUGCUGGUGGGCACCAAGGCCGACCAGCUUGAUUUACGGGAUGUUCAUUCCAGACAGGCCAGAGAGCUGGCCGACAGAUACGGCAUCCCCUACUUUGAGACGAGUGCAGUGACGGGUGCUGACGUGGACCAGGCGGUGACCACCCUGCUGGGCCUGGUGAUGAAGAGGAUGGAGCAGAGCACGUACAUGGGCCCCAGCUCUCAACCCAACGGCGGCCCCGCCCUCAGCCACGGUGUGCAGGGGGCUCGUGUCAGGAGGACGUGUGCUUGUUGAUCUCAAACACCGGCAGUCACUGUUUUCACGUCUGCUCCGAGUGACACUGUAGUUUGAGAGGCUGCUGGUUUAUGGGGCUUCACUAAGGUGCCUACUUUGGUAAGACAGAAGAUCAGCUUAUGAGUCAUACUAUGAAAAAUAUCGGACGGUGUAAAUCCUCCCUGUAAUAUCAUCUUUUUGCAGCCUGUGCAGUGUUAAGUGAGGCUGAGGAAGGAGGGGACGAGUACUGCUUAUGAUGGGAUGUUUUAACCAGGGUAUCAUCAGGCCUUAAGAAGCAAUUCAUUACACUUUCAAUUCCACUUUCCACUUGAAAAAUUGAUGUUGUAAGAUUUGAUCGAAAAAGGUAUUUAAUAUUUUCAAUUGCCUGGCAUUAACAUUCACUAUAAAACUUCAAUUAACCAGAAUAAAUUGUAAUCAUUUGUAAUUGUUUAAUUCAUCCAGGUCUCAUUAAGUAAAGUGAGAAUAUCAUUGUAUUUAUUGUUAUAUUCUGCUGGGAUGUAAAGAAAUAUAAUUUAUAUAUCCCCACUGGGUCUACAUGUAUUAAAGUGGACUGUAUCAUAUUUAAAAAGUAUUGAACAGACUAUGAUUCAACUUUAUGAACCCUGUUUAAAAACACCCGGUGAUUGUGAUUCCGCAAGAAAAUCAAAAUCAUCUUCACAUGAGUCGUAUCAGAGAAAAAUACAGUUUUUAUU